UGCAACACUUUGAGAAAACUGACAAGAGCCAUCCAGAACAAACGUCGCUGCGUGCUGACACCUGGGGUUCUGUUCCUGCACGAUAGCGCUCGCCCUCACAGUUCUCAGCAAACACAUGACUUUUUGCGUCUUGUGUUUGCUGAGCAAAUGGAACGUGUUUCAGUAUCCCCCUACAUCCCGGACUUGGCUCCUUCUGACCAUCUGUUGCCUGCAGUGAAGAAGUGGCUUAGGACACAGCACUUCGCUGUUAAUGAGAAUUUAAUGUAUGGCAAUUGGUUGAAGUCCCAAGAGGCUGAGUUUUAUACAGAAGGGAUUGAUAUGUUGCCAAAACGCUAUGAUAAACGCUUGAAUAAAAAUGCUUCCUAUGUAGAAAAUGGAGGACAGCUGUAG